UUGAGGAGAAAUCUAAUGUCAACUUGAAAGUUCUAUUCUGAACAUUAUGUCUUCCAGUUCAAUAUUGAUUACCAGGAGUUGUAAUGUACAAAUAUAGGCAAAUUCUAAAUUCUAUAAAUUAUCUACUAAAAACAGUUCAGGCAGUGAACUCUACUGAACGUCGAAAUAUAAUGAAGAUUGGGGCAUUUUCUGUUCAGCAAAUCUCGAAAUACACCAAAGGCCCUAGCAGUGGUGAUUCCAUGCAUAGUCCAAGUGAAUUGAUUCAGGACAAAGGAUCAAAUAUGACCCAGAAUAAAAAUCAAGAUUUAUUAGCCCAGCAUCUACCACAUGAAGAUAUCGACAUCGAAGAAGAUGAGAAAGCAUCUGAUGAGGAAAGUUAUAAUGAAUACGAACCAGACGACGAAGAUGAAGAUGAAAAGCGAGCAGGGGUUUAUCGUUCAAAAGGCAUAACCGUUUAUGUCCCAGAGAAAUGUAUGACACCUGGAACACGUAGGCCAAAAAUACGAGAACUACCCAAGGAUAUGUUUGAUGAUAUACGGAUUAUAUAUUAUAAAUGAUGGUGUACGUGUUUGGUAGGUCGCAUGACCUUAUUUGUUUGAAAUCCUAAUUACGUCCCGAGUGUUCAAUGUCAAAUGUCUUCAAAUAAAAAUCCCCACAAACCAAA